AUGAGCCCCGAAGGGAAUGUGCCAAGAGUGACGGUAUCACGGGGUUUUGUCUCUGGGGUCUUCCUCUGCGUCCCUGAGAGGUCUGGCUUCCGCUCACCUUCCCAGCCUGGCACACAGGAAAAAGCCACUGCUCCCAAGCUCUUCCGCCAGGGUGACCGCACUCCGCCGAGCCUCACGCGCCCGGGACAGCCUCGUCUCCUUCCGCAGCUGGCCCGAGUCUUCUCUCCACACCAGCUGGGGUUGUUUCCUGUGGCUGCUGUCACAGGUUCCAGGGGUCACGACACGGGCACGUCUUCUAGGGGGCUACUCUUCGGCCCACAAUACCAACCACCAGCCAGAGGGAGCUUCCCGAAACUGGCCUUCACCCUGGGAGCGGUCGGUUGGAGAGCAGCGUCAUCCAAGUCCGGUCCCGUCACCUGUCCUUGGAACCUGAGAACGUCGCUCUGCUGUAACCCCUUCUUGCCCACCUCGCCCCCUCUCCUCCAACACCUCCCGGGCCUCCGAUCGCUCGCCGUCAGCGAGCCCAACCGCCUUCCUCUGGGUCCGCCUCCGGGUUUCCGCUGCCCUCUUCCCUACCGCCCUUCUCGGCUCCGCAACUCGGAAGCCGUGGGUGUCCGGGGGCGGGAAGUCCAAGACCAGUGCGCCGGGACAGUUGGCUUCUGGGUCUGGCUCCUUACUUUAAAGUGUGACGGCCGACAGCUUCGAAGCCUCAUCCUCCCUGUCCCUUGUGCCCCACACGUGGGCAAGCUGAUGUCAAAGCCUCCGGGCUCCCUUCCUCGGCAUCAGAGGGGAGUUCGCACCACCCACAGGAACCUCCGCCCCUGCUCUAGCUCCGAACACGACAGAGACACCCCCGCACCCGCUGCCCGGUCUCCUUUCCAGGCCCUCUCAAGCCGUCUUCUGACCACCUUGGGGACCCGCCGUGCGAUCCCAGGAAGCCUCAAUGUUUUUGAGUAAAAACCAGCUCUACAGAGAGAAAGAUUGAACAGCUCUGAACACCCAUGAGAUCUCGUGUGACCAAGUUGGACCCCAGAAGUGUGGAGAGUCGGCAUGAGGGUUAGAAAACCCACUCCAGCAAUCGACAUGUACAAAUAGCUGCUACAGCUCCAGAGACAAAAAGUAGCUUCGUGGGUGCCAGGG